AUACGUAGUCUUCUGUUGUAUCCGCGCACAUCCGCAGUACUGUUGUGUUUGUAUUAAUGGAUGUUUAAGCGGUUUCUGCACACAUUGCAGGACGGCCUGGCUCGCGGGUCCAGCGCCUGUGCCUCCACCGCAGGCGGGACAGUUUGGCGGAGUCUCAGCACGGAGCCUCCAGCAGCAUUAGAGGAACAAUGAGCUCGGGACAUCCGAGCGACAAUGAGGAGCCGCGCGCUGAUCUCCUGCGGGAGGAAGAGGAGGAGGAGGAAGAGGAGGAGGACAGCGAUGAAGACCGGGGCUCCACGAGACCUGCAUCACCGCAGGCGAACCGCGAGUGUACCGGGACACAGGGCAGCUCGAGGCCGGAGGUGACCGCGGACGGCGGUACGGGCUCGGCUUCUGGUUCGGGCUGCAGGGGCACCGGUGCCUGCGACUCUCUGUUCUCCUGGAUCUGCAGGAGGGAGAUCCGCAGGGGACCGUUCGUGGACCCCGCGCGGGACCAUUUCCGUACCAUGACACGGCUUUAUUCGUCCAUGAGUCCGGCGGCGGAUUCAGUGAACCUCAGCACACAAACCCACGGGGCUGUCUUUAACCUGGAGUACUCUCCGGACGGGUCAGUUUUGACGGUUGCUUGUGAGCAGACAGAAGUGCUCUUGUUUGACCCCGUUUCCUCCAGACAUAUCAAAACACUGGUGGAGGCUCAUGAGGACUGUGUCAAUAACAUAAGGUUUCUUGACAACCGGCUGUUUGCGACCUGCUCUGAUGACACCACCAUUGCGUUGUGGGAUUUGCGGAAACUCAACUCGAAGGUGUGCUCGUUACAUGGCCACGCCAGCUGGGUCAAGAACAUCGAGUACGAUACACACACUCGCCUGCUGGUCACGUCAGGAUUUGAUGGAAACGUUAUCACCUGGGAUACCAACAGGUUCACAGAAGAUGGCUGUCCGCACAAGAAGUUUUUCCACACGCGCUAUCUCAUGCGGAUGCGUCUGACUCCAGACUGCAGUAAGAUGUUGAUCUCCACAUCCUCUGGUUACCUGCUCAUCUUACAUGACCUCGACCUCACACAGAGCCUGGAGGUGGGCAGUUACCGCAUCCUCCGGGCCCGCAGACCGCCGCUCAGCACAGAAGGUUCAUCAGCAGGAUCCAGGUCAGGAGGACCUCGUCACACUAUUGACAGCAAAAACCAUCCACACAGAGAGGGUUUAUCCCCCAGAAACAGUCUUGAAGUUUUAACGCCAGAGAUCCCAGGUGAGAGGGAUCGAGGGAACUGCAUCACCUCUUUACAACUGCAUCCUAAAGGCUGGGCCACGCUCUUGCGCUGCUCAAGCAACAUGGAUGACCAGGAGUGGACGUGUGUGUACGAGUUUCAAGAAGGAGCUCCACCUCGACCCCCAGUGUCUCCUCGCUGCUCUCUGCGUCUCACACACUACAUCGAGGAGGCAAACGUCGGCCGCGGAUACAUUAAGGAGCUGUGCUUCAGUCCUGACGGCCGGCUCAUCUGCUCUCCAUACGGUUACGGUGUGCGUCUGCUGGCGUUCGAUGAGAACUGUGCGGAACUAGUGGACUGUAUGCCCGUGCGGACGGCUCAGCUCAGGGAGGUUCGCUCCAUCUACUCUCACAGCGAUGUGGUGCUCACCUCCAAAUUCUCCCCCACUCACUGUCAGUUCGCUUCAGGCUGCCUCAGUGGACGCGUAGCUCUGUAUCAGCCACACUUUUAACACUUACAGAUCAAUUUAAACUUGAAAAUCCACACUGAUAUCCUGCGAAUGGAAGAAGCUCAUUGUGGAGGACAGGAGAGCGAAACUACCUUAAAGGAACAGAGUGUUUAUUUUCGUGUGUGUGUGUGUGUGUGUGUGUGUGAUAUGUAUGUACGUGUGUGUGAAUGACCUUGUACAUGUUUGUCAGUUUUAGAUGUGUGCCCUCUACACCGUUUGAGGAGGGAAAGAGAAAGCAUUCAGAUUUUUCAGAGGUUGAAUGAGUCACUGGAGCGUUUAGGAUGUCAAACUCAAUUCCUGGAGGGCCGCAGCUCUGCACAGUUUAGUUCCAACCCUAGUUAAACACAGCUAAUCAAACUAAGUCUUUCAGUCUUGUCUGAAAUCUACAGGUAAGUGUGUUGAAGCAGGACUGGAACAGCACUGUGCAGGGCUGCGGCCCUCCAGGAAUUGAGUUUGACAUCCCUGCUUUAGAAUCUGUUCAUUCAGCACUGCAAUAAACACUUCAGCCAAUCAUUUUCAUGAAAUCGCAAGCAGUCGAUGGCAGUUUUUUUGCAGUUUGCCAAACAUUUUAGAUUUCGCGAUGCCAUAAUCAUGUUCAGAAGCUUUAUUUCUGGAAGUUUGUCACUUUUACUGCUUGUUUGUUUUUAUGUUUGGACUGUUUGUCUUUAACAACACUAACUGAAGUCUGGUUUGUAUUGUCAAAGCUGUGUGUGUGUGUGUGUGUGUGUGAGAGAGACAGACAGACAGACAGUAUUGAAGACGAUAUGAUGAUGAUUGACUCCUGAAUGGACUGGGAGUUUUGAAAUGUUCAGUUUUUUUCAUACACUGCAAACAAAUGUCCUCAAAUGAACAGUUUUUCCUGUUUUGCUAUUUGUUUUUAUUUAUUUCUGCUUGUAAAUUGUAUUAUGGGAUCUUGAUCUUUCAACAACUUGAACAUUUUCAUAGUUUGAAUGAUAUAUUGUCUGUAUUGGUGUUGAAAAAUACAGUAUAAAAACCUGAAAACAAACCGUCAGUUGUUAUUUUACAGGGUUAUUUCUGAAUAUUAUUUCUUAUACAAUACAUAAUUUCACACUGCUAAAAUGUCUGAGAGUUGAAUUUUCAACAUCAAAAGUCGAUCAAGCUCCCAUAGUGCAAUUCACAACCAUAAAUAAACAGAAAACAUCCAGGAAUAACAAAAUAUGGAAACUGUUAAUAAUCAGAUUUUUUUUAACAGUGUAUGCUGGACUCUACAUGGACAAUCAGCAGUUCUGGAAUGUUCUGAUGCUCACGACGCACAUCGCUGGAGAUUUGAGCUCAAUGGGAGAUGCAGGUUUAGAUGUCGUGUGAGUGAUUUAUAUACAGUUGGACUAAAGGUGAAGGACAAAAAUCUGAAUGUUCAACUUUUUUGGAACCAGUUUUCAAUGGUUCCUCCUCAUCGGUUAUUUAAACUGAGUGACCAUUCUUAAAAAAUGCAGUGAAAGCAGUGCAACAGUGAAAGUCUAUUCACGUUAACCUUACUAAGGAUGCAGUGGUACAGAUAUAUUAAAUAAAGGACUUUUCCAUUUCUUCUGUUUGUCAUGGGGAAGAAAAAUGCUGUAAAUGGAUGGAGGAAUGAGAUUUUGAGCAUAGUUAGAAUAAUAAGUGCACUGAAUAAGCAUCAGCAUCUGCUUUGAAGAAUUGGUAGAAAUUGAAAAAUGAGCUAAUUAUUUUCAUAGAUCAGAGGGUUUAUAUAUA